AUGGGUUCAACUUCAAAAACAUCCAAUAAAAUUGAUAGAAUCAGUGAAUUGCCUGACUCGCUGCUGGUGAAUAUUCUUUCGUUGCUUCCAAUCAAAUCUGCUGCGCGCACUAGUGUGUUGUCCAAAAGAUGGAGGCCCCUCUGCCUGUAUCUAGAAAAACUUCAAUUUUCGGAUCGUCGGUAUUCUGGAAUAAAGUUUACCAACUUUGUGGAUAGAUUAUUGUUGCACAAGCCUCCUGGUUUGAAAAUGGACCAAUUUGGCUUGAGUUGCGGUGAGGAUCACUGUCUCAACCGUGUUACUGAGUGGAUCCGGAAUGUUGUUCGACGUGAUUUGAAAGAAUUAGAGCUUAGCUUUCGGUCUAAGGAGUUGUAUAAAUUGAUCAAAGAUGUGUACAAUUGUAAUAGUGUUGAAGCUAUUCGACUCUUUGGUGAUAUAUUGGUUGAUCCUCCCGAGGAUGUUGGAUUUUCAAGGCUCCGGGUCCUUGAAUUUAACAAAGUUACUUUUUUGAGUUAUGAGUCAGUUGGGGAGCUUUUGCAGAAAUGUCCUGUGCUUGAAGAUUUAUCUAUUGACGAAUGUGUAUGGCUUGACGGCUAUUCUUUAAGUAUUUGUGGAUCUGCAUUGAAGAAGUUGUCAUUGUCUUCUAGUUUGGCGGUUGAUAUAGAGUUUUCGCUUGAGAUUUUGAUUGAUACGCCAGCACUGGAAACUCUAUAUAUAUCUUCUGCAGCAGAUGAUAUCUUCAUAAAGGAGAAUUUGCAAUUCCUCAAGACUGCUUAUAUCGACGUCGAACAGAUAAUUAUAGAAGGAUCUGUGCCUACCAGUGUGUUUGGGUUACUUAAAAAGAUUAAUCAUGUUCAAUUUCUGCAUUUAGGUGCUGAAACAGUGGAGGUCCUCAAUGCUGCAUAUGAUCAUGAUCAAACAACAGUUCAUCGUGGGUUACCUCCAUUUUAUAACUUGACUGAGAUGUGUAUUGAUAUUAACAUAUAUUGUGGACAAACUUUACUCAUGGACUUCCUACAAAACUCACCGAACCUCCGAAGUCUUCAAUUUCCGCAUGGGCUUGUUGAUACUUCUUUCGAUGAAUCUUGGCGCUUCUCAUGGGUCUGGUCAAGUGUUCCCGAAUGCCUAUCCAAGCAUCUAGAAAAAGUUAAGAUUUACGAAUUCAAUGGGACAAAGGAGGAGCUGUCUUUUGUUGAAUACUUGCUAAAGUAUGGGAGUGCUUUGGGAGAAGUAUCAAUAGACAUGGUUUCAGAUUUGUGGGGAGGUCCUGUCCUUGCCGUUCGUGAAGAACUAUUAACCUUUCACAGAGAAUCAAUAACUUGCAAGCUUAAUAUUUCUUUUUAG